AUGGCAUUCGGGAAGAACCCCUUAAUGGAUUCUAGGAGGCCAUCGUCAUCAUGGUUAUCGCAUUGGUCGACAAUGGCCCCUGUCUUUUUCAUUGCUCUUUGCUUGAUCGGUGUUUGGAUGAUGUCUUCAACGACUAUAGUCCCCGUCGAUGAGUCCUUGGAAGACAAAUUAGAGAUGAAGCAACUGGUUACCGAUACUGAUCCUAAGACAUACCAAGACAGUUCAGGAGAUGUUCCUGAUGAAGCAGCGAGAAGAGAUGCUGACGCUAACAUGAAGGAUUUGACGGUUGAACCAAAAUCUGAGUCAUCGGAGGAGCAGAAUAUGAUUGACAAGGCGGACGAAAACCCAGAGGAAACAACUAAGAAUGAUGAUUUCGACAAGGAUAAUGAGGGCAAGAAGGAUGGAGAUUCAAACCAGACAUCGGAGGGUGGAGAAACCAUUAAAGAAGGAGACGUGAACGCAGAAGAGGCUGCGCAGGAAGCUACAGGUAGUGAUCGUGAGAAGAACGCAGCCCAGCAGACGUACAGUGAUGAGAAUGGAAAAACGGAGGGUGGAGAAAUGGUUAAAGAAAGCGAGAGCAAGGAACAGAGUUUUCAAUCGACCACGGUGAGUGAACAGGGAAAAAUUGCAGAACAGGAUCCCAUGGACCAAGAUAGAAACUCAGAGAAUAGUUCAGAUUUUGCAAGCAAUGGAGAGGUGAAAAGCAAUGACGGGGCUGGCGAGAGUAAGGAGGAAAAGAAUGCCGACCAGAAGUUUACUCAGGUGUCAAGAAAUGGGAAAAGUAGUAGUUCGGAUGAUCAGAUUUCAGAUGAAAGCAAAGGAGAUGACCAAAAUAAAGGUGGACAAGAGUCCGAUGAGGCCUCCUCAGAACAGCAAAGCAAAGGUGACCUUUCUGAUGAGGUGUUGCUACCUAACGGAGCUCAGUCGGAGCUUCUAAAUGAGAGCAACAGCCAAAAUGGGGCUUGGUCUACACAAGCAGCAGAGUCAAAGAAUGAGAAACAAACGCAAGAAGCUUCGAAAGAAGGCAAGACCAUGUACAGCUGGAAACUCUGUAAUGUUACUGCUGGAACUGACUACAUUCCUUGCCUUGACAAUGAGGAAGCCAUUAAGAGUCUCAAAACCACCAAACACUAUGAGCAUCGAGAAAGGCAUUGCCCUGGGGAUCCUCCGACGUGCCUUGUUCCUCUUCCGGAAGGAUACAAACAAUCAAUUCAAUGGCCACAUAGCAGGAACAAGAUAUGGUACCACAACGUUCCUCAUACCUCACUAGCAGAAGUAAAGGGCCAUCAAAAUUGGAUUAAAGUGUCAGGAGAAUAUCUAACUUUUCCUGGCGGAGGAACACAGUUCAUAAACGGAGCAUUGCACUAUAUUGAUUUCAUUCAGAAGUCUGUACCUGGCAUAGCUUGGGGAAAGCAUAGUCGGGUGGCAUUGGAUGUUGGUUGCGGAGUGGCUAGCUUCGGGGGGUUUCUGUUCGACAGAGAUGUGCUUACCAUGUCACUUGCCCCCAAAGAUGAGCAUGAAGCUCAAGUGCAGUUUGCUCUUGAAAGAGGAAUCCCAGCUAUAUCAUCUGUCAUGGGCACCAAAAGACUCUCCUUCCCGGGAAUGGUCUUCGACGUUGUUCAUUGCGCUCGCUGCAGGGUUCCUUGGGAAAUAGAAGGCGGGAAGCUUUUAUUGGAGUUAAACCGGUUAUUGCGCCCUGGUGGCUACUUUGUUUGGUCUGCUACGCCAGUUUAUCAAGAUCUUCCUGAAGAUGUUGAGAUCUGGGAAGCCAUGACAGAAUUGACAAAGGGCAUGUGUUGGGAUAUGAUUAACAAGACCAUGGAUAAAAUCAACCAAGUCGGUAUGGCGAUAUAUAGAAAGCCUAUGAACAAUGAAUGCUACGAUAAAAGAAGCCAGAGCAAUCCUCCCCUCUGUCCAGAUUCUGAUGACCCAAAUGCAGCCUGGAACAUUCCCUUGCAAGCAUGCAUGCACAAGCUGCCUGUAGAUCCUGCUCUUCGAGGGCCACGGUGGCCGCAGCCAUGGCCACAGAGAUUGGACAAGGCACCGUACUGGCUGAAUGACUCGCAGAUUGGAGUUUACGGGAAACCUACCCCGAAGGAUUUCACAGAAGAUACUGAGCAUUGGAAAUAUGUUGUAAAGAACUCGUAUCUGAAGGGAAUGGGCGUUGACUGGUCCAUCGUGAGGAAUGUCAUGGACAUGAGAGCCGUAUACGGAGGGUUUGCUGCAGCUCUGCGAGAGGUAAAAAAAGAGGUGAAUGCUUGGGUCAUGAAUGUCGUCUCUAUCGAUUCACCGGACACUCUUCCGAUCAUAUACGAGCGUGGACUCAUUGGAAUUUAUCACGACUGGUGUGAAUCUUUCAGCACCUACCCGAGAUCAUAUGAUCUGCUCCAUGCGGAUCAUCUAUUCUCCAAACUGAAGAAGAGGUGCAAGUUAUUGCCGGUUAUAUCUGAAGUGGAUCGCAUGCUGAGGCCACAAGGCAAGCUCAUUGUAAGAGACACCGCAGAGGUAAUUGGUGAAGUUGAGAGCAUGGCCAGAUCACUCAACUAUAAAGUAGUCAAAAUGGCUUCUUUAAGUGGGGACAAUGAAGGAAUCUUGUGCGUCCAGAAGACAAUGUGGAGGCCUAAAGAAGUCGAGACCACUUCGGCAUCAUCCACUUAG